AAAAUCACAAUCUUCAGCGGAAAACAGCAUACAAGCUCUAAACAAGCGCAUAGAUGCGAUUCAAAUGGUACUUCAUGAUUUUACUACUAAUCCCGCUUUGUCUCUAGUACACCCAGCUGAUAGGCCGUGAUUACACAGCUCGUUCAAUCUCAGAAUCAUGCUAUGCAAACUAUACAGGACCAGCAGCAUUCAAUACUAACCGCGGUACUUCCCCUUCUUCCACUUGUACAAACCUUCCCUUUGUAUGCGGAUCAGGUCAAAACGUUCAUAACCGAUAACGUCCUGUCCAGUAUUUCAAGUCUGAGCCGCGAUAUUGACAGCAUGAAGGUCACUUUAUCCGAUCUAUCCGUUCCUUUGAACAGCAUGCAAAGUGUUUCCAAUUCAGCUGUAUCAGUCCUGCGCCCUUUUCCUGAGAAUCGGUCCACCCGCAAGCGCACCAAUUCGCGGUUAAAUCAAGACGACGCACGUUCAGGGCGCUCACAAUCCGAACGGCCUCACUCUGUCGACCCGGCGACGAGUAGCCCUUGCACAGAUCAUCAUAAGAAGCGGCGAUUGGAUAGCGUAUUACCUACUACCUCACUUGAGCUCGUGGGACCUCAUACGGCGAAUUCUCCGGCAAAACACGCCCUGGAUGUGCGCGAAUCCCUAAUUGCCGACAGGUUGACUUCUCCCGCGUGUGGCUCUGUUACUAGCAGCGGCUACACUGCAGCACCAAGGCCUGAACACACCGCGAGGACGCCGCUCGCUGACAUACUGCCUCCUCUAGUCAACUACGCCACUGUACAGUUUCGAAAGCCCGCUACCAAAUAUCCUUCUUCCGGUCCUGCAGCCAACUUUCCAACGAAUGUUCAAAAGAUGCAUGCUUCUUCUCAGUCGGGCAGAUAUCCACUUCCAUCGGUUCGAGUUGACGAGGCGAUUCCUUUAGCAUCAACCGCUACACCAAUCAGUUCGAAUAUCUCUACUACGGCUACGAAGUCCGACAACUUUGUCCCACCAACUGCUAACAAAGACAGGAAGACGCCAGAAUCGGCACCUGCUGCUCUAUCCAUCCAUCCGCAACCAACUUCGAAGGCUAUCAAGUUGGAAGAAGUUCUUCGCUCGCCCCUGAGAUGUUAUCUCUCCAUUCCGCCGUCACCGCUAUCGUCUUUGUCUCCGUCUCCAGCACUGGCUCCAGCCCAGGCCGUUUUGAAAAAUCAGGUUCAGCAUUCUGCGAGUGGAAUGGCACGGCGACAAGUCACAUUUGCUACGUCGAAUCAAGCAUUCACCUCAUCCACCUGUCCUGGUCCUUCGGUACCAUCGUUACGUACGCUUGAUUCCAUGUCCGCAUCGAUGAGUUUGCGUGAUCGACGUGCGCAGAUGUCUAUGCUCGGACGUACUGCUUCCAGUGCAAAGCGCUUUAUCCCUCUGGGUUCCUCCUCCGAUGAAGAAGGCUAAAGACCGCAUACAUUUCCUCUCUUGCUUCUCAAUCCCCGUUUUCACCAGUUGUA